AUGAGGGGCCGCAGGGGCGAUCGCAUGACCAUCAACAUCCAGGAGCACAUGGCCAUCAACGUGUGCCCUGGACCCAUCAGGCCCAUCCGCCAGAUCUCCGACUACUUCCCUCGCAGGGGGCCAGGACCAGAGGGUGGGGGCGGCGGCGGCGGUGGCAGGGGCUGCGGGGAAGCCCCAGCUCACCUGGCCCCUCUGGCUCUGGCCCCCCCUGCGGCUCUCCUUGGGGCCACUACACCCGACGAUGGAGCUGAGGUAGACAGCUACGACUCGGAUGAUACCACUGCCCUGGGCACGCUGGAAUUUGACCUUCUCUAUGAUCAGGCUUCCUGCAUGCUGCACUGUAGAAUCCUCAGGGCCAAGGGCCUCAAGCCCAUGGAUUUUAACGGCCUGGCUGACCCCUAUGUAAAGCUGCAUCUCCUGCCAGGAGCCUGCAAGGCCAAUAAGCUAAAAACCAAGACUCAGAGGAACACACUGAACCCUGUAUGGAACGAGGAGCUGACCUACAGUGGCAUCACAGAUGAUGACAUCACCCACAAGGUGCUCAGGAUCUCUGUCUGUGAUGAGGACAAGCUGAGCCACAAUGAAUUUAUCGGGGAGAUCCGAGUGCCCCUCCGCCGCCUCAAGCCUUCACAGAAGAAGCAUUUUAACAUCUGCCUUGAGCGCCAGGUCCCGCUUCCUUCACCCUCUUCGAUGUCUGCUGCGCUGAGGGGCAUAUCCUGUUACCUGAAGGAGCUGGAGCAGGCAGAGCAGGGCCUGGGGCUGCUGGAAGAGCGUGGGCGCAUCCUGCUGAGCCUCAGCUACAGCUCAAGGCGGCGCGGGCUGCUGGUGGGCAUCGUCCGCUGCGCUCACCUGGCUGCAAUGGAUGUUAACGGCUACUCUGACCCUUAUGUGAAGACGUACUUGAGACCAGAUGUGGAUAAGAAAUCCAAGCAUAAAACAUGUGUAAAGAAGAAGACACUAAACCCGGAAUUUAAUGAGGAAUUCUUCUAUGAGAUGGAACUCUCCACUCUGGCCACUAAGACCCUGGAAGUCACAGUCUGGGACUACGACAUUGGCAAAUCCAAUGACUUCAUAGGUGGUGUGUCUCUGGGGCCAGGAGCUCGGGGAGAGGCCCACAAACACUGGAGUGACUGUCUCCAUCAGCCGGACGCAGCCCUGGAGCGCUGGCACACCCUGACCAGUGAGCUGCCCCCAGCAGCAGGGACCUACCCUUCGGCAUGA